CCGGGCCGCACCCGGAAGUGCGUCACUACUUGUGACCUUGCAGUUCUUCUUCAUCUGUUGUGCAGCCUGAGAGAGGACGAGCAUGGCGAGUAAAGACCCCGGAGGUAUUCUGCAGCAGCUGCGGCAGAUAGCAGCCAGGAUGUCAGCAGGGCCUCGGGGUGCAGGACUCGGCCUCAAGCUGCUGGUGGGUGCUGGAGCUCUGGCUUAUGGAGUAAAGGAAGCAACAUACACAGUUGAAGGAGGACAGAGAGCCGUCGUCUUCAACAGGUUCGGAGGGAUGCAGAUGGACACCGUCCUCUCUGAGGGACUCCACUUCAGGAUUCCCUGGAUCCAGUAUCCCAUCAUCUACGACAUCAGAGCCAGACCCAGGAAGAUCUCCUCGCUCACCGGAAGCAAAGACCUCCAGAUGGUGAACAUCUCCCUGCGAGUUCUGUCCCGGCCGCUGGCGUCCAACCUUCCCAUCCUCUACCAGCAGCUCGGUAAAGACUACGACGAGCGCGUCCUGCCGUCCAUCGUCAACGAGGUGCUGAAGAGCGUGGUGGCAAAGUUCAACGCCUCUCAGCUCAUCACCCAGAGAGCACAGGUUUCCCUGCUGAUCCGCAGAGAGCUGUUCGAGCGGGCGAAGGACUUCAACAUCAUCCUGGACGACGUGGCCAUCACCGAGCUCAGCUUCAGUCGAGAGUACACGGCCGCCGUCGAGGCCAAACAAGUCGCCCAGCAGGAGGCACAGCGAGCUCAGUUUUACGUAGAAAAGGCCAAACAGGACCAAAGGCACAAGAUCAUCCAGGCCGAAGGAGAAGCUGAGGCCGCAAAGAUGCUGGGUCAGGCCGUGACGAAGAACCCGGGCUACCUGAAGCUGAGGAAGAUCCGGGCGGCGCAGAACAUCGCCAAGACGGUGGCGCAGUCCCAGAACAAGGUGUACCUGAAUGCUGACAGCCUGGUGCUCAACCUCCAGGACAAAGACAACUUCAAUUUGUUGCUGGGGAAGUAAGAGGACGUCCCAUCAUUCCUUCUGCAGAAAUAAAUCUUCAUCACUCAUUUCUUGCGUCUCGGCCGCUGUCGACUCCACACCAGGUCAAUCUGUGAAUCUGCCGUGUUUACAUGCCACUAAAAAAUAAAUGGACUUUAACCGGCAGAGUUUCACCACCGUGGAUUUAUUUUGAAAGGUUUCUCUGGUGUCGGUAAAAGUCUUCAUCCUUCAGUUCUUCUGUCAUAAUCAUCUGUAGACGAUAACCGCAGAAUAAUGUUUAUUUGUGAAUAAAAGCAGUUUACCCCGUUGAGAAUAUCUGUAUUUUAUGGAUUUCUUUCUCUGCAGAAAAGUUGAGUUUAAAGUCGUGUUUCAAACUGGAGAAAUUAUUUAUGCACAUUUUCCCUUCAGACACUGGAGCGUCAUUAGUUAGAACAAACUGUUUUACUUUCUGCUCUGACUUUCUUAAUAAACAAACAUCAAGUUCAGGACAUUAAGACGACUCAUGUUGAUG